GCUGUUAUCAUAUCUCCAAAGUGACAAGUUUGCCCUCAUAGACUGUUAUGCUACAGUAUAUUUGUCAGACAGAAACAAUUUGUUGUAAAAACAAGGCUUUUAGUAUACUAUCCCAUCCUUGGCCUUGGAUUGUUUGUGUGUUAAGGGUCAUGUAGUCAUGUGACCUGCAUGACCACAUCAUAAACUCUCCAACUGCUUAUAAGACCUCUGAAAACAAAGCAAUGUGCAUUUAUACAAAGUAAACGUCAAGAGCAUAACAGAUUUGUUGAAAAAGUAUUAUUUAUAACAAGCAGUAAGAUUAUAUUUCCUACAAAAUGCAUGCAAAAGGAAAUUUAAGGAAAAAGAAAAACAUUCAAAAAAACAUUGAGUGACUGGCUGUUUGGAGAGGUGGGAGAGGGAGUCUUUGCAUUUAAAUUCUUCUCCCAGUCUGAGGAAUGAUGACCGGAAGAGCAUGUGCACCAAGCGAGCGCUUGUUUGGAGUUUGCUGCUCCUCUCUGUUAUUGAUAUGGGACUCGGAGUAUCCAGCAUCACUCUUGGAGUGCUUGGCAUCAGGAGAGCCUUGUGGGUUCAAAGGAGCCAAACAUCUUACUCCACACCAAUAUGGAGUGGCGUGUGUUUUUUCAUAUGUGGAGUUUCUGGGAUACUGUGUGCCAAAAAAAGAACUGGACUUACUAUGAUCCUGUUUUCCGCCUGCUGCAUCUGUGGACUUAUUGGGGGAAUUCUCAAUGUCCAGUUUGUGCGAGCGAUGGUGAAACGAAUGAAUAAUCUGCACUCUCUGCAUCUGGCCUGCCUCUGUCUAGCAGUCCUGGGCAUCUUGGGUUGUACCCUCUCCACCUGGCUUACAUGCAGGCUCGCCAGCUGUGAACAGAAAAGACUGUUUCUAGAAAGGGAUGUCUCUUUGCAUCAUUCAGUGGAGAUGAAUGAAAAGUUAAAGUCACCGUGUGGUAGUCUAUAGUUGGCUUAGUUUAGGAACUGUGAAAUAGCUUUUUUGGUAUAGCUUUAAAGCAACACCAAAGAGUUUUUUUUUCCUUAAAAUAACGUUUCCAAAAAAGUUUCAGUGGUUCAUCCACUCAAAACAGGGUGAAUGGCACUUUCACAUUCGCUUUGCAGCCCUCUAUCGGCCAAAACCGCACUAAAGAAGUUUCCAACCGUCGGGUAGUGGUCUUGUAGUUCGAGUGAAAACUACAAAAACUUGCUUUACGGCAGACCUACAAUCCAAUCAGAGCCAGCUAUGCUGCAGUAUUUACGACAGUGGUAAUGAACAAUUACGCUUCUAACCUGUAGGGGGAGCAAAGAGCAAUAAGUCUUUAGUGUUGCUUUAAUUGUAGAAAAAAUCUAGUUUUUGUUAAGUCAUGGCAAUUCAGAUCAAUUGCAAUGUUUCAGGGAGGUGUUGUGUAAAAAAUAAAUCCUGGAAUGAUGAGCCAUUUAUGUUUGUGGUAGAAGUGCAGUUUUGUUUAAUGAUAUACAUGUGGUAAAGUCAGUCUACUUGUUCCUGUUUUUGUGAGGCACACAUUAACAGAUACAUUAACAUAUUUCAGCUGCAGUAUCAGCAGUAUCGUAUUUGUAACUUUUUUUGGUGAUACUGUAUGUGAAAAGCACAUCAGUGCAGAUAAUCAGUUAUGUAUCUGUAGUUUGUGUUUAUGUAGGUUCAGAUUGAAAGCUGAAAACAGACACACAAUUAAAAUAUUUCAGAAUCAGAUUUUCUUCUUUAAUUAUCAUAUUGGCUCCACAUCAUUUUAAAACCUAUUAUAUUGUGGAUAGUAAAACAGGUAUCAUAUCUUCAAAUUUGUAUAUUCUCUAUAAUACAGUACAAUACUGUUCGGAGUCUGUAUAUGUAUCAGGAGGAGAAGCCUGUUGGCUCAGAAGAGCUUUUUAGGUGCUUAGUCAGAAUUUUUGUCAAGGAUCAAAUACCCCAUGACUUUUCCACUGAUUGCCAAAUAAAAAACCAUACACUUUCG